GUUGGUAAACCUGUAAGCAGGCAGACUUCCUGUUGCGAGAAAACACAUGGAGAUGCGACGUGAUUAGCAGACGACUCAACGUGUGGAAAUUUUACCUAAGGGCUUUGGUGCGGUGUUCCUCAUCGCCAUAGUUCCGUGCGUCUGGGCCACAACCGCUCACUGCGUCCCGAGAUGGAGUCUGGCGACGUUGAAGUGAGGUUCGUCUCGGAGCUGAAGGGCAGGGGCGUGUUCGCCAACCGGCCCUUCAAGGCGGGGGACGUGCUCUUUGAGGAGGAGCCGGUGGUGUGCUGCCAGUUCUCGUGGAACGCUGCCUACAACUACGCAGCCUGCGACUACUGCAUGCGGCCGCUGGAGACCACGGAGGACAACGUGCGCAGGCUGAGCGGGCGGAAGUCCCUGGUGCUGCCCUACCCCGAGUGCUGCCCCACGGACCGCUCCCGCCACGUCCAGUGCCCGCACUGCGGGGUGCGGUACUGCAGCGCGGCGUGCCGAGACGCGGCCUGGGGCCAGUUCCACCGGACGCUGUGCCUGGGGUCUCCCGACUGCCAGUCGCACCCGCUUCAGCGCCUGGACGAGGCCUGGAGGCAGAUGCACUACCCUCCGGAGACGGCCUCUGUGAUGCUGAUUGCCCGCAUGAUCGCCACCGUGAGGCAGGCGGGUGACCCGGAGGCUGCGAUCGCCUCGUUCAUGCAGUUCUGCCACCGCUCGAGCAGCGAGGAGCAGCAGCUGGUGCACAAGCUCCUGGGGGAGCAGUUCGCGGGGCAGGUGGACGUCCUGCGGCAGCUGGCGAGCGAGGCCCUGUGCGCCGACUGCGUGCGCCAGGUGAGCGCUGCUUCCAGCCCUGCCCCGUCCACGGGCUGCCUGCUGGCUGACUCCCGAGGGCUUCGUGUCGCUGCUGGCGCUGGUGGGCACCAACGCGCAGGGCGUGGGCACCAGCCCCCUGUCCGCGUGGGUGUCGCGCGUGUCUGCCCUGCCGCUCGGCCCCGGGGAGCGGGCGCGCGUCGACGCCUUCGUCGACGAGUUGUACGAGGCCAUGCAAGCAGAGGCGGGGCAGUUCCUGAACAGCGAGGGCGCGGGCCUCUACUCGCUGCAGAGCCGCUGCAACCACAGCUGCCAGCCCAACGCAGAGGUGACGUUCCCGCACAGCAGCAGCCGCCUGGUGCUGGUGGCGACGCGCGACAUCCUGCCGGGGGAGGAGGUGUGCGUCAGCUACCUGGACGAGUGCGCGCUGGCCCGCUCGCGCCACUCGCGUCACCGGCUCCUGCGGGAGAACUACUUGUUCGUGUGCACUUGCUCCAAGUGUGCAGCCGAGGCUAGCGAACCAGACGAGACCAGCGAGGAGUCUGGCGAUGGUGAAGACGAAGAUUCACUUGAAGAGGACUAAUGGACUUUUUCUUUAUGUAGCUACAAAAGUUAUUUUAGAACAAUAAAUUUUUAUAACCUUUUUUUAUUAAUAAAAAAGUGUUUCGUAAUCCAAAUGUCCCACGAAGACACAGAGGAAAGUAGUUUGGUAAGUAAAUUUCUUUAUUAGUGUAAAGUAUUUUGGUUGGUAAAAUUCCGAAAAUAUCUGAUUACAGGCUGUUUGAGUUAGAAACUAAUCGAAGUGUGUGUGUUGACUGUAGAAUAUCCGAUUCAAACACAAACUGUGUUAAAUGGUAUAUAUAAAAUACAUUGUAAACAAAGAAAAUUUUAAUAUUGAAGUGUGAAUGCCGUACAUAAGAUUGCAUUAAUAACAAAACUUUGUGUAAUCGAUUCAAUUCAAACUCAUUAUUAUAUUUCCUAAAAUUGAAAGUUACAAACAUCAUACAAUAUCUGUAUGAUUAUCGUGAUAUCAGCAUACAAAUAGUCACUUAAGAACGAGGAACCUCUGAGCGAAGAUCUAGUAGAUUUCAAUUUAUCCUGGUAGACUAGAUGGUGUCGUAGAAAAAAAAUGUCUUCUAUAAUAUUUUCAAUGUGCGAUUAGUCGACGACGGUUACUUAUUGUAUUUUACUCCUGAAGUCUUAUUUUAUUGAAAUAUUUAUAGUAGGUUAUCAAUCUUGGGUCAAGUUUAUCCGUAUUUUGACAGUUUUAUAAAAUUACUUUUGUCUUUUUGACACACUGCAGAAACAUGUCUAUUCCAUAUUGUUUUUAGAAUUCAACUGCCAAAAAUUCCAAACAAUAACCCAAUCAUCUGUUGCUAAAAGUGACUCUUAUAUUAAUUUUUUAAACAAAAUUGAAAUUUGGGUGAAUCAAUAUCUGCAAUUAAAGUGAAUUCACCAAUCAUGGUUUGGCUUACAAGGUAACCACAUUAUAUAUAAUAUAUUUGUUUGAAAGUAAUUAUUACAACAAAUUUCAGAUUACAUAAAUAAUGUGUAUAGGUACUUGCUUAAGUUUUUUUAAAUAGUAGAUACCAUCCAUAAUGAACUGCUAGUCCACCAAACUUGUGAAAAGCCAUUUAGUAAAAUAAAUGUUGAUUGGUAGUUAAUAUUAUUGAAUUAUUAAGCUAAAAGAUCAUUUAAAAAA